AUCCAUAUUGAUACUGAUUGAUAAAAUCUACGCUUGCAGUCUGUGCCGCUUUAUGUUUCAGAGAUGGCUCCGUACAAAAGACGUGGCUUUUUCAACAUUGUGUUUCAAUUGUCCAUAACAAUUGGUAUUCUCUGCGCUAAUCUCGUCAAUUAUGUGACUCCUAUUUUGAUGAAAAACGGCCAAGCAUGGCGUGUUAGUCUUGGCGGCGCAUGUGUUCCUGCUGCUUUCAUCUUUAUCUCAGCUUUGUUUCUUCCAAAUACACCAAACUCUCUGUUAGAGAAAGGUCAGGAGCAAGAAGCUAAAGCCAUCCUUAAACGUAUCCGCGGUGCUACUCAAGACCACCAAAUUGAGAAUGAAUUUCAAGACUUGAUUAAGGCUUCUGACGAAGCUAAGCAGGUAGAGGAUCCGUGGAGAAAGCUUCUGAGGACACGCAAAUACAGGCCACAUCUGGUAAUGGCUGUACUAAUCCCAGCACUUCAGCAACUCACUGGAAUUAAUGUGGUCAUGUUUUACGCUCCAGUGCUGUUUCAAAGCAUUGGGUUUAAAGACGAUGCUUCCCUUCUCUCCGCAGUAGUUACUGGCAUUGUUAAUGUCUUGGCUACAUUUGUUUCUAUGUACGGAACUGAUAAAUGGGGAAGAAGGACUUUGUUUCUUGAAGGUGGACUUCAAAUGCUAAUCUUUCAGACUUUGGUAGCAGUGUUUAUUGGAUGGAAAUUUGGAACGACAGGAAUAGUGAAUAACUUACCAUCAUGGUAUGCAGUUCUAGUUGUGUUGUGCAUCUGCAUUUUUGUAGCAGGAUUUGCAUGGUCAUGGGGACCAUUAGGAUGGUUAGUGCCAAGUGAAAUCUUCCCGUUGGAAAUUCGAUCAGCCGCUCAGAGUGUUGUCGCAGCAGUCAACAUGCUGUUCACAUUUGCAAUCGCUCAAUUGUUCCUUCCGAUGCUUUGCGUCUUGAAGUUUGGAUUGUUCAUCUUUUUUGCCUUUUUUGUUGCGGUGAUGACUGUCUUCAUUUAUUUCUUCUUACCCGAGACGAAGAACAUUCCUAUUGAAGAAAUGUCGCAAAUUUGGAGGAAUCAUUGGUUCUGGAAGAGAUACAUGACCGAAGAACCUUCCAAACCCUGCAUCGCCAUAGUCUAGAUAUACUUUUAUCUUUACAACAGCGUUAUGUUAUAUUCAUUUUAUUCUUAUAGGUUAGUACACAGUU